GACGGAAAAGCCCGACAGGCCUUACGUCGUACCAUUAGCGAUUAGGCUUUGACAAGUUGAAGCGCCACGUAAUUGGCCGGCCCAACCCAUUUCCAUUCCCUUCAGUCGCGGUUCUAAUUCCGCGGGGCGGUCGCUUCUUCUCCUUAUUCUCUGGUGGUUUUUGUUAGUUAGGGUUUCUCAGAACAGCAGCAGUCGAGUGAGGUUUUGAAGAAUCCUGAUCCCUCAACGCACACCAUCGGAGCAGAGGCAAAUAGGCAAUGGAUCCUUCAUCCCUCAAUACAGCUGAAGUGCAGCGUUUCCUCAAUCAAGAAAAGGAAAGAGCCAUGAUGAAUGAGAUGGUAGCGAAGCUCACUAGCGUGUGCUGGGAUAAGUGCAUAACUAGCACACCCGGAAGCAAGUUUAGCUCAGGCGAAUCAGCUUGCCUUUCCAACUGUGCUCAGCGGUACUUGGACUUGACCCUAAUCAUCAUGAAGCGUUUCCAGUCCAUGCAGUGAGUGAGUCGAGGGACGAAUUAGCUCUCUCAUGUCUCGAGUCUUUCUAGAGCACAAGUGCAUUUUUCUCUGGAGAACCAUCUAUCCAUUUUGGCCUUGUACUACAGUUACAUGGAUGUCGCUCGUUCAGAUCAUCGAGAACUAUAGCUCUUGAAGUUCAUUGAUAUGUUGCAUUACCUACUCUUGUUGCAAUUAGUUGUUGGCAUAAAGUAGCACAGUCACUGGCCUUGAGAAGAAAGUAGCUAGGGCAGGAAUACCAAAUUAGUAACCUGGUGACAUUUGGAAAGCAAUCGCUCGUGAUUCUUUGCAGUCUGGGAGAUUGAGAAUGCUAUUCCCACUUAAAUCUUUUAUCUUCUAGCUUUGCCAUGGUUCGGUUAUGGGUUGUGUUUGUCCCUUAUGGAUUGGGGCCAAAAUAGGUUGAUUGGUUCACAGAUUGAGUAACGUAAAUGUGAUGAUGAUUUGCAAUUUGCAAACCAAUUACCGUCA